GAUCUGGCAGAACUCGCUGCAGAGUGAUCACAGCCCUUUCAAAAUAAUUCAGCAUUAAAUGCUGGGAAUAUUCUCAUCAUCAAGGCUAGAAGUGCAUCUGAACACGCAGGAGACACUCCAGGUGAAUCUGUGUGCCAUACUAGAGUAAAGAUGGAGUUUAUUAAAGAGGAGAUUGAAGACACGACUGAUCCAGAACCAUCCAGAAUAAAACAUGAAGAUACUGAGGAACAAACAGACCAGGUGAGAGUGAAAGAGCAAAGACAAGAACUGAAUGAAGUGAAGGAGGAACAUCAUAACUUUACAAUUCAAAGAACAAAAGCCAAAAAGACGCACACCUGCACUCAGUGUGGAAAGAGUUUCACAGAGAAAGGAAGCCUUAACACACACAUGAGAAUUCACACUGGAGAGAAACCGUAUACAUGCACUGAGUGUGGAAAUAGUUUCACACAGAAAGUACACCUUGACAGACACAUGAGAAUUCACACUGGAGAAAAACCGUAUACAUGCACUCAGUGUGGAAAGAGUUUUUCUCAAGCAUCAGGUCUCAGUUAUCAUCUGCUCAUUCACUCUGGAGAAAAGCCAUUUAACUGUGAUCAGUGUGGUAAAGAUUUUAUUUCAUCAUCACUACUAAAAUCACACCUGCAAGUUCAUUCAGAUGAGAAGCCUCAUGUGUGUUCUCUCUGUGGAAAGAGUUUUUCACGACUGAUCAGUUUUAAACUGCACCAGAAAACACAUAAAGAAGUGAGAGAUUAUAUGUGCUUUGACUGUGGGAAGAGCUUUACUACACCUGCUGAUCUGAAACGGCACCAAAUAAUUCAUACUGGAGAAAAACCUUACAAGUGCUCAUAUUGUGACAAGGGUUUCACUCAGCCUGCGCACCUUAAAAUACACGAGCGAGUUCACACUGGAGAGAAGCCGUACGCCUGUACUCAGUGUGGGAAGAGUUUCACCCGAUCAUGUAAUCUAGUAAAUCAUAUUAGAAAGCAUUGUCCUGUGUCACAGUGAGCACAUUUUUUGUUAGAUUCACAUAAAUGUGUUGUUAAUUAACUAAUAAACUAGUAUUGCUGUGAAAUGCCACAAGAGUUGUUUUUUAUAUGUUGGAGAACAAGAAUAUUAUUGAAAAUUAUUUUAAUUGAACACUUACUCAAAGAAAUAAAAAAAAAUACCUAAAUGAAAAGAGACUGGAAGGAAAUGCAGAAAAACAACAAUCAGGUGCCUCGUUAAUCUCCAAAGUGGGGAGAUUACUUUCAUUUCAUAUCAUAUAAUCAUAUACGCGCCAUCUUCCCCUCAGAUUUCUCUGCCGAAAAGAAGACUGUCAACUGUCCUGAAAUUGGGAAAGCAAAUCCUCUCUGACUGGAAUCUUCCAGGGGGACGAUUCCAGAAGAGGAAUCAACUCCGAAAACCAUGGGUCAGACGGCCAAAACAGGGCUACUAGAAGGAGGCGGACUCCGCUCUCCGCUCUCCCUCACUCUGGCCAGGACCGCCUGGAUCAGUUUGAUGGGCGGGAAGGUGUAGAGUCUCUGCAUUGGCCAAGGGUGGGCGAAUGCAUCUAUCCCCAACGGAGCUGGAGGACUCAGGAAGAACCAGAGCGGGCAUUGGGAUGACUCCUGCGAGGCAAAGAGGUCCACUUCAGCUUUUCCGAACACCUCCCAGAUCAGGGAAACUGUCUGACGGUUCAACAUCCAAUCCCCCGACUGGAGUUUCUGCCUCCAAAAAUCCGCUGCGAGGUUCAGAAUCCCUGGGACAUGGACCGCUCUCAGAGAAAGGAACCUGCUCUGAGACCAUAAGAGAAGAUGACGCGCAUGCCUGUCCAGGGAGCGAGAUCGAGAACCUCCUCGCCAGUUUACAUGGGAAACUACCGCCAUGUUGUCCGUCCUGACAAUGACAUGGUGACCCUUUAGAAAAGGGAGAAAAUGACGCAAAGCCAGGAAUACGGCUCUCAGCUCCAAGCAGUUUAUGUGCCAAGCGAGGGUCUCACCCGUCCAGACCCCACAUGCUGGCCUGCCCUCGAAAACUGCUCCCCAGCCGGUUAGAGAGGCAUCCGUCGUAAUCAUCUGGCGACGGAAUACCGUUCCCAUGCUGACCCCUUUUCGAAGAAAAAGAGGGUCCCGCCAAAUUGACAGGGCGUGAGAGCAACUGCCCGACACCCUCAACAGGCGAAAGGCUGGCCCAGUGGGCCGGAUCCCUGAGAGCUUCAUCCACCACAGGAAGGGCCUCAUGUCGAGCAGACCCAGGGGUAGCACAGGGGAGGCUGCGGCCAUUAAGCCCAGAAGCCUGCGGCAAGUGCCCACAGAAACACGAUGGCCUAGAGAAAAACGGGCCAAACAUGUCAUCAAACUGCAAAUCCGUGCAGGAGCCAAACGGGCCUGCAUACGAACGGAAUUCAUGUGCACACCCAAGAAAACUGUGUGCUGAGCUGGAGUAAGAACACGCUUCUCCACGUUCAACCUCAGGCCGAGAGACUGAAUAUGGCGCAGAACAGUGUCCCUGUGGUGGGUAGCCAACUCCCUGGACUGGGCUAGGAUGAGCCAGUCGUCCAGAUAAUUGAGAAUACGGAUGCCCUGGAGGUGCAAGGGGGCCAGUGCUGCAUCCAAGCAUUUCGUGAACGUUGUCGGUGCCAGGGCGAGGCCAAAGGGGUGGACCCUGUACUGGAACACCAUUCCUCCAAAGGCGAACCUGAGGAACUUUCUGUGACGCUGCACGACCUGGAUGUGAAAAUAGGCAUCCUUGAGGUCUAUUGUCACGAACCAAUCUCCUGCCCGAAUCUGAGAAAUGAUGGCUUUCAACGUCAGCAUCUUGAAUUUCCCUCUGAAAAGGGCGAAAUUCAGUCGGCGGAGGUCUAGAAUGGGACGCAGGCCGCCGCCUUUCUUCGGAACCAGGAAAUAACGGCUGUAGAAGCCUUGUUCGGUUUCCUCCGCAGCAACCUCUAUCGCACCUUUGAGAAGGAGGGAAGAAAUUUCCUGCUGUAGCACAGAAGCCUGAGUGGCGCUGUCGACUACAGUAGGAAAAAUCCCUAGGAGGGGGAGAGGGGAGAGAACCAAGGGUGUCUCCUUUCUCUCGCACCGGGCUGAGUAGAAGCGGUAAAAUAGGGCCUGCUCUUUGAAACACCUUGGGUGGCGAAGGAGACAGGGUAAGGAAAGGAGAGCUGGUUGGAGGUGGACAGAAACGCUUGCGCAGUCUGUCCCAACCUCGUGCAUGUGGAGGCGCUCUCCUUUUCCUGACCAAGGGGUCAGGAGCGGGACGAGGCAGCUGGAGCGGUCGGCUUGUCGGAUCGCUUCAGCUGCACACGCUUGUGAGGUCGUUGACGGGGGAACGGGCGACCGCUGGCUCCCCAAACCAUGGGAGGUGGGGGACGCGCUGGGUCACUUCUCCUGGGAGAGAGCUCCACUCUCUGAGAAAGACGUUCUCUAGGUCUUCGGGCAGGAGAGGGAGCGGGGGAUUCCCUAACUCUCCUGGGCAUGAACUGCUUAAAAGCGGCUGAUUGCGACUUGGAGGAACGGAAUUUCUCGACCACUGUGCUGACUGAACAGCCCUGACUGAGAGAUAGGGCCGUCAAGGAGAAAAACCUUCUCUUUAUCGCGGAUUUCAGUGAGGUUGAGCCAUAAGUGGCUUUCCGCAGCAACCGCGCCAGCCAUAGAGCGGCCCACCGCACGUGCAGUAUGUUUGGUGGCCCUCAAGGCCAAAUCCGUGGCAAUACGAAGCUCUUUCACAGCCUCAGGAGUGACACCACUACCCUCAUCCAUCUCUUUAAGGAUAUCGGCCUGGUAGGCUUGAAGGAUGGCCAUAGUGUGAAGGGUCAUGCCUGCUUGACCAGCCACCAGGUAGGGUUUUCCAAUGAGAGAGGAAGAAGUUCUACAUGCUUUAGAUGGAAGGAGAGGACGUGCCUUCCAAGAUGGCGCCGACGACAGAGAAAGAUGGCUGGCCAAAGUAUCCUCAAUUGUAGCCCUGUUCCACAGAACCCACGAGUUUGGUGAAAUCAGCAGCUGCCGCAUUAGUGAGACGCACAGAGAAAGGCUGAUUCCAGGAUCUGGAAAUCUCCCGUUGCAGAUCGUUGAAAAACGGCAGUUUUCUCCGUUGGGGCCUAGAAUUAGGGCGACUGAGAAACCUCUCGUCGAGUUUGGAUGACUGAGAUUCGCGGGGCUCGUCAGGCCAGUCAAUCGCGAGUUUCUCCGUAGCGCGCGAAAGCACUUCCACGGGCUCAGAGUAGGCCGCGGUAGGCCGCGCUUCCUGGCCGCUAGGCGGGAUAACGUCAUCGAUAAGAGCAGGCCCGAAAUCCUCGGAGUCGGAAGCCGCGGUAAAAAUUACGUCCUCCAGCCCGAAAGAAACAGAGUCGCGUGCACAAAUAAUACAAAUAAUCGUGAGCGAACUCGACUGGCAUGUGAGCGAGCUCGGGAGAUGGAGGGAGAGAAACAGCGGGGCCCGUCUGCUCAAACUCCACAUCCUCGAGCUCAACAUCCGAACCCCAGGUCGCGGAUCCUCGAGAGGCCUCGGGAGCGCGACGGGGGGAGGCGAAUUUAGGAUCCUUCUCAAAAACCGCGAGCCGAGAGCGCGGAGUUUUUAGAAGUAAAUUAUCACAGAAUUUACAUUUAGAAGAUCCUAGAACGGCCUCGUGCGCAUGUGAGAAACCCAAACACCUGAUGCACUUACUUUGAGAACCUUAGCUUCUCCAGCAGUUCAUUUUCAGAAAGGACUUCUAAUGGGUUUGAACUGUCUUUGAAAACUCUUUCUCUUCUUAUUGCCCUUUCAUGAAAGCAAAUAUUAAAAUGUGCCCUAGACAAGACAAAGCCAGACCACUUUUGUGAAUCUAGAGCACUUGAGAAUUUAUUUGUUUCCAUGGCGACAUAGGUUGUAAAGGAAAGUUAGCCAAGGGGGAACCAGUCUAAUUUUUUUGUUUGACUUAAAAAGUAAAUACCAGUCUGAAAAAAAAAAUUAGAUGACUAACUUGCAAGACUAGUCUUAAAUAGAUUUAUGCAACCGUUCGCAGAUGUAACAAUAAUUGAAAUCUAUGUGACAUAAUAUGGUAAAUAAAUGUUAUUAAUACAUACUAUGGAGUUUGUUAAAGUGGAGAAUGAGGACGUCAGUUAUCCAGAAACAUGCAAAAUAAAACAAAAUACUGAAGAACAAA